CGCCAAGACUUUACUUCAAAGCUCAAACGGGUCUCGUUGCAGACAAGACAAUCCUUUUGGGCUUUCGACAUAGAUUUCAGCAAGAUGUGUACUUCUAAACAAUGUUAUCAACUUCAUCAUCACAUAUGAUUGGAUUUCAUCGAAUUUCUGUCCACGAAUAGCUGCUUCUGUUUCUGAGCAGAGUGAGGGAGAUUUGGGGAAAUGGUAGUACAUGGGAAGCGUCGGCAGAGGUGUGUGAACAAGGAGAGUUUGCUGGGUUUGAAGUUAGGUCUCUCUGUUCUGGUAGCGGUGAGUUUUGUUUAUAUGACGGCACUCUUUUCUGGAACCAUUAGUCGGAUUGUUGAGAGCGGAUCUCACUUUCUCGAUGACGCUCUGGCAUCAACGCGGCCACUUCGUCUCCUUUUACCUCAAGCUGUUGAUCUGGAUUUCCCUCAAGGGAAUGCACAGGUGUGUGACCUUUUUACCGGAGAUUGGAUUCAUAAUCCAGAUGGUCCGUACUACACAAACGAGACAUGCAAUUUCAUUGAGGCCCAUCAAAAUUGUAUGAAGAAUGGUCGACCAGAUACUAACUAUCUUUACUGGAGAUGGAAGCCGCGUGAUUGUAGCCUACCCCGGUUUAACGCAAAGAAGUUUCUUGAGCUAAUGAGGGGUAAAACUUGGGCACUGAUUGGCGAUUCAAUUUCCAGGAACCAUGUUCAAUCAAUUCUUUGCAUGCUUUCAAAGGUGGAGCAACCUGUUGAAGUGUACCAUGAUGAGGAAUUCAGAUCCAGAAGAUGGUUCUUCUCCGAGUCCAAUUUCACAAUUUCUGUCAUUUGGUCUCCUUUCCUAGCAGAAGCAGACAUAUUUGAGGACUUCAAUGGGGUUUCCACAUCUGAGGUCGAGCUUCAUCUCGACAAGCUUGACAAGAAGUGGAGUCAACAUUUCCAUACUUUUGACUAUGUGAUAUUCUCAAGUGGAAAAUGGUUUGUCAAGUCAACAGUAUAUUUUAAGGGUAAAACAUUAUUGGGUUGCCACAACUGCCCCAAACGGAACUUAACACAGCUUGGGUUCGAGUUCGCAUACAGAGAAGUUCUAAGAAAUGUUUUCAGCUUCAUCUUGUCAUCUUCAAAAAAGCAGCACAAAGGCAUGAUUUUAUUUAGGACUUCCACAUCAGAUCAUUUCGAGAAUGGUGAGUGGCAUACUGGAGGAAACUGCAAACGAACCGAACCGGCUAAGGAAGGCGAGCUUGAGCGAAGUGAGACCCACAAAAUUCUCCGCCGUGUGGAGUUACAAGAGUUUGAGAAGCUGGUGGGUGAUGGCAGUGAGAAGGGAGUGAAGCUCAAACUUUUUGAUGUGAGCCCGCUUUCGUUGCUCAGGCGUGAUGGCCACCCUGGCCCAUACAGAUUCUUCCAACCAUUUGCAGGAGGCAAGAGUGGGCCUGGUAUUAAUGAUUGUCUUCAUUGGUGUUUGCCAGGACCAAUAGAUUCAUGGAACGAUUUGAUGAUGGAGAUGGUUCUCCGUGGCCGGGGCGCUGAUGGACUUGUUGACUUUUAGUGUAUUACAUUUUGACCCCUUUCAUGAAUGGUUUUGCGUUCUAAUAACUGAAAUUAGCCCAUUCGGCCAUCCCACGCCAUGUUUGACGACUGAGGUGCAUCUUAUAGAUUUUUUUAAACACUUGUUAUUUGUAAUUAAUCACACUUAUUUAUUCUUUUAUAGAUAGUUCUUUUCUAAUGAUUUAUAGUUUUAUACGUUCGUUUGUUUAUUGUAUCACCCUUGAACUACUCUGAUAUUCUGAUUCUGAGAAAUAACAUUAAAAUGCAUUUUGGUUUGCUGAAAC